UUAGAAGAUUCAUGUGUCAUACAUAAAUUCACAGAAAAAAAAUAAAUAUUUAUUAGAUCUACAUUGUCAAAAAAAAUCUGGAAAAAAAGCUGGAUGAAAUUUAUAUUGUGUGGAAUAAACAACUUAUUUGAUAAUUAUUAUUAAAGAACAAAUAUACCAUAUUCUUUAAAAUUCAGAUUAGGAAGUUUUUAUUCUUUGCAUUUGAAUUUAACUUGAAUGGACUUGCCGUGAUUAAAUUUUAAACAGUGUUUGGGUGAUUUUAUAACUAAAAUCGUUCGGGUAAAAACAGUAGUCAGGUGGUUCCAGAGCUUUUUUAAAUAAAAAGGGAACAUAGGUAAACAAUGGCAGAAAAAAUGAGUCAGCUAGAGAAAGAUAAAGGUAAUAAAGAUGAUAGUCAAAAUGAUGCAGGGGAUCAGGAAAAGCAAAGACCUGGGUCUCGAAGCCCAGAAAGGCGCCGGAAAGCCAAGAAACCCCAGGAAAGAGUAUGGGACUGGCCUAAGAAGAGCUUUUUUGAGCUUUCGUGUUUUGAUCCAGCAGAAGGUGGAGGUUCUAGUAAAAUGAAAAAUCUGGUUCACAGAAUAGUAUAUGUUGGAAAAUUAAGAGAGAAUGUUGAUGACAGAAUUGAAGUUGGAAAUCAUUAUGACAGACUGUUGAAGAACUUACAGAAUAACUACCAGCAUGCUGAACCAAUAACAGGUCUUCUUCUUGUGUACCUCAAACACCUUGUUCAUGUUGUAGAGACAUCCUCAGAUAUGAUUCUUGAAGUGGUGAGAGAUAUAAUAAAGACACAAAAAGAGGAAGAUGGUUUUCUAGAACAGGCAAAAAUACUUAUUGUCUCACAUGAUGUAUCCACACGUCUUUACCAGCAGUGGAACUUCAGAACAUUGGAUAUACAGGCAGCUAGAAUGGAAUCUUAUGAGUCAUCAGAAGGUGCCGAUAAAAUUAUCAUAGAUCUUCUCUCACAACUACUUAAACUUGGUAGCAAGUUGGCGAUCAUUCCAAAGAUUGCUUUUAAGUCAACACUAGAUUCUUUGCAUGAAAAGUUCCCAGAUCUUCUUCCUCAACAAGCACACAUUCACUUUUUACUGGAGGAGAAUGACUCUACAAUGAUAAUGCCUGAAGAGUAUUUGGACAUGUAUGAGAAACCCUUUGAUGUAACUUUGGAAAGUGGUAAGUUUUUAUCAGUAAGAUAGUGUAAACUAUUU